UACAGAUAAAGCAAGACAAAAAAGGGAACAAGAUGAAACACAUUUUCGAAGUUGGUUGAAGUUUCAUCUUUACAGCGCAAUAAAGUUACAGGGCAACUCGUGCUCGAUCCAUAUUGUUUCUUUCAUCUUAUUUCUUAUGCAAGUUAUCAAGAUAAUAUUGAUUACUUCACAGUUGUUUAGUUUUGGUAAGGAUCAUGGAAACUUUAGUGACGUGGUCAACCGUGGUCAUUUAACGUUGAGGCAUUUGCUUCUUAAAGACUGGGAUGCCUCAUGGGAAACAUUGGCGUAUCCACCACAUAAAGGUGACUUUGCUGUUUACACUAUAGACGAUUUAGAAAACGGCAUCAACUUUGCAGUUAAAGGGUAUUACAACGCAAAGAGGGAUGCGAUAGGUUUUUUCCAGCGCACAACUGAUGACACAAUGGUUAUACAAGUGAAAUACUUUGAUUUCCCUGGUUUCAAUGACACCAAUGUGACACAAGGUCUUAUAAUUCAAGACAAAACAUUUUCUGCCGAUGUUGGCCUGUCGCUACAAAACGAGACGUACAAUUAUGAUAUCAUUAAAGAAUUAACAGGCAAUGGUUUGGAACAACCGAUCAAACGAAUGUUGUCGACUGAAUUACGUUUUUCGAUACAUUCCGUACGGGUGUAUGAGAAAGAUAGACGAGCACGAUGUUUACAUGUACAAGGCUGGGUGACAUUUAACGACAUGGACUAUAAUGGACAAGUUAUUGUUAAUUUGGAAACAUUGACGAGAAGAAUCUCAUGUAAACAACUGAACAUUUCUGCACAAGAUUGGGCUUUGGAAAACACAUCGAAACCACUGGGAGAAGUUCUUGUUUUUUUCUGUUUACUGUCCACGGUUGCGUCCACGUUGAUUAUAAUAUUGACUGUGUAUCUUUGUUGGAAAACUAAAGGUUACUUUAACCCACCAGAAUCAACUAAAGAAGAUUUGCCAGUGACGCAGUAUUUGAGGUUGGUCAAUUUCUGGGAAAUACCAGUGAUCAUAUCAGAUAUCCUUACUCUGUAUGGAACCAUUUGGAUAGUUUUUGAAAAUGAGGACAGCGAGUGGAUUGUUGAAACGCUUGAUUUCUAUUCUGCCUGCCUUGGUAUCGGCUGCCUAUUUGCCUGGAUAAGCAUUCUGCAUUUCUUCAAAUUUCAUAAUAAGUUUCAUUUAUUGUUCAGGACGUUUUAUCGAGCUUUUUGGGGCGUGUUUGCGUAUCUUAUAUGUGUAACUGCCUUGUUCAUAGGAUUCUGGAUGUGUGGAUUUGUUGUUCUUGGCCCCUAUCAUGUCAAAUUCAGGACAGCGCAGGCCGCUGCAGAAACAUUAUUUUCCAUGUUUAAUGGCGAUGAAAUCUAUGCCACAUUUGCCAAUUUGGAAACACACAAAAUUGGCGGGAAAUGGAUUUGGUUGUUUUCGAGAUUUUACAUUGGCACUUACAUUGUAACCUUCACAAUCGUUGUCGUCAACCUGCUUAUUGCCAUCUUCAUUAGCGCGUAUGAAUCCAUCACGAAGAACUAUGAGGUGAGCCGGAAUGAACCAGACUUAGGACAGAUGAAGAAAGCGCUGCAGGAGUAUCUUAAUAAGCAUUCAGAGGAAGAAAAUGUGAUACGUUCCUCGAUUCUAACCUUGGUUAAAACAGAUUCUGAUACGGAAGCAGUUAAGUGUCUGCGCGACCAGAUGCUGAAGUUAGUGAACGUGUCAGGCGACAACAAGAUAACCGUGAUAGAACCAAAGACACUACCACCAAGGACACUACGAGCGUUUAUGAACGAAAAAGAAGAUUCAUCUGCAGUCAUAAAUUGUUGCGGUUUCGAGCCUUCAUUCCUUUGGAAAAAGGAAUUUGGAAAAUGAUCACUUAAUCCAUAACUAUUUAAUGCUCGGCCAAUUAUGUCAUACAAAGGUUAUUGACAAAAUAUAGAAUUCAUUCACAUUAAGAUCGGUGUUUAAAUUGUACAAAGGCCGUCUGAAAUCAGUGUGACUUCAUGUUUACAUGGGAGAACUGAAUAUAAGAAUAAAUUUCAUUGGUCAUUUUUAAUUUACUAACUGAAUCUGGGAAUCUCAUUGACUAUUAUUUAAUUAAAUGUAAAGGAUAGUUCUUGCCAUUAUGAAAAAAUGAAAACGAUAGUUCUAAAAUUAAAUGUACAUGGUCAUUUUUAAACUUUCUAGUUAAAUUGAAAAAAGAUAUUUAGGUUCUAUUUAAGCAUACUUCCUCCCACAAAACAUUUUACACUGUGUUUACAUCUCAUUAAAUUUUCUAAUGAACAUUUUAUUUUACAUAAUAACUUACUAAGUUUAAUUCAAUUGGCAAUACAAUAACUGAGUUUAAAAUUUUGUCAAAAAUAACGAAACCACCAGUAUCGUUCAAGAUCAUGCACAUGAAAAUGUAGAAAAACACACCGGAAAAUUUGAACUUUUCAGAGCUCAGUUUAUUAUGUUAAAUAAGACUUAGUGUAUGUCCAAUAUAUCAAAUGAUCAUUGAUGUGUUCAAUUGGUAUAAUGUUUAUAAUUAUGAUAUAUUUUUGCAUAUUAAUCAAGUUUUUUCCGGUCUGUUUUAAACACUGAAUAUAAAGAGAGUUUUCAUUUGUCAUUUUAAAAUUACAAAAUGAAAUCUGGGAAUCUCAUAUUGGCCAUUCUCGUAUAAUAAAAUGUAAAGGAUAGUUCUUUAAAAUAGAAUGUAAAAAUAGUUCUUCUCAUUCUAAGAUAGUUCUAAACUGAUACGUUAAAGAUAGUUCUUGGCAUUAUGAAAUAAAAUGUAAAGAAGAAUUCUAAAAUAAACUGUACAGAAUAAGUCUUUUACUUUUUAGUUAAAUUACUCAAAUAUCUAAGUUCUGUUUCACAAUUUUUCUUGCAUUCAGAGCUCAUUUUAUUUUCUAGAGAACAGUUUAUUUUAUGUAAGACCCCACACAUUCAAACAAUUUAUGUGGUGGGUGGGGUUAUGACCACUUUUAGGUCUAUCUUCAGUAAUCAUAAUUUUGUUUGUUUGUUAAACCAUGUUCGGUUAUCAAAGUGAAUACAGUGUUAUGGCAUUCAGUCGGAAUAAAAACUCAGAACAUAUCGUCUGUUUAAGAAUGACAUUAAUUGUGAAUAUUACGUAACUAUGAAUUUUAGUAAGAAUGAACGUUUGAAUUUAUGUCAGUUUAGAACGAGUAUAUUGCCAAUUAGAAUUGAAACUGGAAAAUAUGUCGAGAGCAACCAGA